AUGAUGCAACAUCCGUCAGCUUUACUCCCCUCUCGCGACCUGAUCCAGAUCACCUCCUUGGCACUGCGAACUUCGAGCCUCGAACAGGAUCUUUGGCAACGACCGAGCAAGGCGCAACCGCUCUUUGUCUCGUUGUGGAUCCAUACCGACGUGCAGGACGAAGCCUCGACCGACUCGCUGCUAGGGUCGUCGCUCAACUACGGCACCGUCACCAAGGCGAUCGAGAAGGCCGUCGCCGAGCUCGCACCCUUACCUCCUUCUCCGUCUUCAUCCGACGAACUCGACCUGGAUCUCGACUCCUCCGGUGGCCACCCUCUCGAAGCAAUAGCAGAGCUUCUUGCCAAAGUUGUUCUCUUCCGAUCCAACGCGCCUUGCGUUCGCCUCGAGCUCACUCGCCCACGAGCCUUGCUCACCGCCGAGUCAUUUGGGGUGGACAUCUUCCGCACACGUGCCGAUUAUACUGCUCCUGCGGAUACCGAUCCUUCAGCCUCGAUCGAAGCCUUGACUUUGGAUCCCUCGUCGCUCAACCUUGCUCACGACAAGCUCUUCGUCCGAGGUCUGCGCCGCUUCAUCCUCAUCGGCAUCAACCCUUACGAACGCCUUGAAGAGCAAGAGGUUAUCGUUGAUCUCGACUUUUUAGCCAAUCAAGAGGUUGCCAUGGUCGCACAUCGCUUGACGAACGGGGCCCGCUGUGAAUGGAGGGCAUGGCGACAGGUCGUCAAGAAGGUGGAGGAGGUGAGUUUCGAGGGCAGUUGCAAGCCCGCGGAAGGGCCAGUCUUUGCGCCAAAUCUCCAAUCUCUCAAUCUCUCCUAGUCCAAGCUGACUUUUCACUCCUCUCUUCUUUCUUCGAAACAGCAACUGAGCACAUCUCAGCCCUUGACAAUUGAACAUAUCACCACAUCUCUCGCUCAACUGAUCGUCACUCCACCGACCUGCUCGACAACCUCGCUGCCGCUUAGCUGGAACGUCCCACGGACGAGUGUGCGAGUAUCCAAACCAUCGGCCCUCAUGUUCGCGAAGUAUCCUUCCGUGCAAGUGACUCGCGAUAGAAAGGACUUCUUCGACGCCAAUGGGGCACUUCGAGCAUCAAGUGCACGGGGGCUGGCGACUGACGCUUGGAGCGCGGGAACGAGUGCCACGGCGGAGAGCUCGUCCAGUCAGUCCACAGCUGCGACUGAGAUUGUGGAGGAAGGUGGUGGACCACACCGUGUCGUGCUUGGAGUUGGUACGAAUAUGGGGCAAAAGGUUCACAACAUUUCAGAGGCAUUGAAAGAGCUCGGUGUCAUCGGGAGUCAGAGUGGGCACAAGACGAGAGUGGUCGGUACCAGCUUCCUCUACGAGAGCGAGGCGAUGUACGUCGAGGAGCAGGCAAAGUUUCUCAAUGCUGCUGUAGAGGUGAGCUGAUAUAACUGACGAAAAUACGUAACAACCCGCUGAUUGCGGGUGCCCCGACCGCACUCGGCCAGAUCGAAACCACGCUGGAACCUCUGCCUCUGCUCCACGCGCUCAAGUCGGUCGAGGAUAGGCUUGGUCGGCAGAAGACGAUCCGCAACGGGCCGCGGAUCAUCGACCUAGACGUGUUAUUCUACGAUGACCUUGUAAUUGACUCGCGGCAGACGACGACCGACGUCGUCACUCCCGAAGACAGGUGGUGGCUUCAAAUUCCGCAUGCGAGUAUCGCCGAGCGUGAGUUUGUUCUGCGGCCUCUCGUCGACUUGAACCCGCACUUUCGACACCCGAAACUGGGCCAAACGACGUCCGGCUUGCUGUCCGCACUUUCGAUCGGCCCGUCAACACUCAAGAGGGUCAUGCCUCUGUCGGCCUCGCUGGCACCAACCUUGCCCCUGCGGCGGACUUUGGUCAUGUCGAUCAUCAACACGACACCGGACUCGUUCUCUGAUGGCGGCGACAAUGUCGAUCUCGAAGCCUCUGUAGCCACCGCGCUGGGUCACCUUGCUGCCGGAGCCGACAUCUUGGACAUUGGAGGGAUGAGUACACGGCCAGGUGCUGCGGAUGUGACCCCAGAUGAAGAAGAAGCUCGCGUCGUGCCUCUCAUCAAGGCGCUGCGGGAGCGAGGGGUGACGAACCCCAUCUCGAUCGAUACCUUCCGCCCUUCGGUCGCCAAAGCUGCCGUAAUCGCCGGUGCCGACAUCAUCAACGACGUGAUGGGGGGUGCGAGCGAGGGCAUGCUUGAAGUGAUGGCCGCCGCUGACGUCCCUGUUGUGUUGAUGCACUCGCGGGGCACGCCAGCGACAAUGUCAAAGAUGACGGAUUACGAGGCCGGUGACGUUGUGGCUGGCGUGCGACGGGAGCUUGCUCAGCGUAUCCAAGAAGCUUUGGAUGCGGGUGUCAAGAGGUGGAAUAUCAUCGUCGAUCCGGGAAUCGGUUUCGCCAAGACGGGAGCGGACAAUCUCGCACUGCUGCGAAGGUUGCCCGAAGUGCUCGGUCGACAGGAAGUCGGCAAUUCCCCCGAGUAUGAUGACGACGAUUCGACCUUUUUGCGUCAAUUUCCUAGCCUAGUGGGACUCUCGAGGAAACGAUUCAUUGGGACGUUGACGGGGAAAGACGUGGCCAAGGAUCGGGUGUUGGGUACCGCCGCGGGGGUGACGGCCAGUAUCGCCGGAGGGGCCGAGAUCGUUCGGGUGCAUGAUGUCGAGGCAAUGGUCGACGUUGCCAAAGUGGCUGAUGGGAUAUACAGAAUUUGA